GAGGUAAAACUAACACGAGCGUCGUGGAAGGGCGAGUGGGCACUGUUCGUCUGUGUGCUGGUGCUACUUAAGAACGUAAUUAUGAAAAGCAUGCAGAUGGAGCUAACCCAGACACUGGACCUUAGACAAGACAGUAGGGGUGAGGCAAGAGUCUGGGAGUGUCUGAGGACAAAGAACAUCAUUUCACAGACAAAGAGUUGUCCUGACGUGUCGAACUACGUGUUGGAAAGAAAAACUGGAGGUUAAUUGUUAAACAAAGCUAUCCAAGGUGCUCUCUGUACCAUCAAAGUAAUCGAAUCUCAAAUUUUGGCGUUAGUAGCUCUCAAGCUUACCAGUGAGCCACCAGAGGUGGAGGCAAACUCAGACAAGGAUUAAACAUGAUAUUCUGAUAUCUACACAAUAGGAAGAGUGGAAUAAACACUGAUAACUUUGAAACUACACUGUAUCAGCCAGAACUUUCGGUUACGUAACAAGAUGAUUAGAUGUAGAGACCGUACCGCCUAUUUUUACAUAGGCGAUGAUGACGACUAUGCAGGUUUCCAAUACAACUCUGGUUUUGCGUCGAAUUUAUCAAGGACCAGAGUGAACGGUUUUUGCCUGAGACAAUCAAUGUCUGAGCCACUUCUUCAGAUAAGUCAGUACUCUGGCUGGGAUAACCACAACAUUCAGGAAGUGAGAACAGACAAUAGGAAUGAAGCUGAUUGGGAUGGAGAAGCCGUUGUUAGUCAGGAUCCAGAUCGGGUUUGCUCUGAUGCAGAAAUGAGUGAUGAGGACACCUUGGCAGUUAAGAAUGGCGUGAUGACUUUCGAAGAAGUGAAUGAAGACUAUAAUUUUUGUUUAACCUGUGGUAUCAACUGGGAAGAUGAACAGUGGUCAAUAUUUUGCGAUGAAUGUGGAGACUCUGCAAUGUAUCGGUCUUGUCCUGAGUGUGAAGGGCAGUGUGGAAGUACAUGGAGACGAGACACGGCAGCUACUCAUAGAGCCAGAUGGGCUAAAUGGAAGGGUAAAUGCAGACUCCAGGAAUGUCGACAACUGUCCUUUCACAAUGAUGAUGAAGAUGUAACAAAUGCCAAGGAUGAUAUAUGAGGGAUUAUGUUAGGAGGCUAACUUAGUUAAAAUGUUUAUGUAAAUAAGUGUUGAAUUACUAAUAUUUUUGAUAAAAUGCAAGAAACUUAGUAUUUAAAUCAAAAAAGUACCUCACAGGGGGGGGGAGGGUAAUGUUUUUCAAGUGGAUAUUUUCUGAAGAUCUCUUAAUCUACUUUAUGAUCUCCAACCAAGGAAAUUAAGCCUUGUAUGUAUCCAUUGUCUUGUGUCUUAACUUUUCUUGUUCACAAAAUUUGAAUGGAACAUUAACUUUUGGAAACAACUUGAAAAACAGGAACUGCUGUUACAGCUACUGGCACUAGUCAAAUAUUCUCUUGAAUAAGUGUCACGUUUGUACCUAACUGUGAUAAGAUAGUCGUCAGUCUACUGUAUUUUUACUGAAUGCUCAACUCUUGUCUUUUAAAAACUAAGUUUGUGUUCAGUAGAAAUAAGAGGAGUUGGGAGGGAUGUGUUCAAAACAAGUCUUUCAGCAGAAAUGGGAGGGGGCAUACAACCAAAGUAUUUUAGUACAAAUGUAGGGGGAUGUAUAACGGUCCCCAAUUAAAUGUUAAAUUUAAACAAAUUGUGUGAUGUUUAUACUCGGAACUUACUAGGGAGAAUGUUUAACUAUUUCAAAACUUCAUACCAUUUUUUUUUAUAUCCUGCUGUGCACAAGGUAUGAACUUUUAUAUACAGAAGGUACUUCUUUUCUGAUUAUCAAACAAAUAUUAAAUGGUGUUACAAAGGUGUUGAUUUAUUUAGAAUAUCGUAUGUUUUUGAUACUAUGCAUACUGAGCUAGAUAUUAUUUGGCUGUUAUGUUUAUAACUAGCAAGAUGUUUGUCCUCUCAGAUUUAAGUUUGCCUCCCAAUUAUCUAUAAAUUCCUUUUCUAAGAGUUUCCUUCGUUUACGUGAUUCGCAUAAGUCUUAUAUAAACUGCAUAAAUUUUGUUUAAUGUGUUGUCAUUCUUUUGUAAUUGUAUUUAAAUUUUCUGAGUAGUAUAUCUACUUUAACUUUUAUACUUCACUUGUUCAGAAUUUGUAUGGACGAUAUAAUGAUUGAAAUCCAAUUGGAUAAAACACUGUAAGUGAACUGAUGCUGAUACAACAGCAAUGAAAUUACAAAUAAAAUUCUAAAAUGAA